AUGACAGAAUAUGAUUAUGACAAAGAAUAUCAUGAGAUUGGAAACUAUAAUAUAUCCCGAAAGCAGUAUGUAAGGUUAGUUGUUUUUUUUUUCAAAAAAUUGUGUUAUAUCAAGUUUUUUUCAGACAAUGCAAAGAAGCAAAAUUAAAGCAAAUGUCUGCAGAAGAAAACUUUGUGAAGAAUGUUCCGCUCGGUCGAACUUAUUAUAUAUUUUCGCUUGAAACUGUUGAAAAUCCUGAUCAUCUCAUAAAAAGAACAAUUGUUAUUGAUGGAGCAAAUAUAAUGCAUUGUGGAUCAGAUUUUCGAGAUAACCGAUACAACACUGCGAAAGUCCAAUAUAUUCCAGAUGUUAUGGCUUUGCUAGCAGUUUGUCGAUAUUUUGUUGCCUACAAUUUUGAAGUGAUUUGUGUAAUUAGUCAAAAGUAUUAUAUGGCAAAUACGACGAAUUAUAAAACUGCUAUCGAUGUUUGUUUCUCAAUGUUUUUCCAAUAGAUUUGUUAGAAUUUCAGGAACUUGUGGAGAUGAAAAUCUGUGUUGUUGCAAAUCAGACAAAUUUGGAUGACUGUCUUGCGCUAGAAGUUGCAGCAACGUUGAACGGCGUUGUUGUGACUUCCGAUUUAUUCAGAGAUCAUCAGAAUACACAUAGAUAUCAGAAUAUGGUUGAAAUGCAUCGGUUGGGUAUUGAAUGGAAGGAUGUUCAAGAUGCUGAGAAAUUUACUCGUACGAGGGAUGGGCAUUUUGUCGCCAAUAAAUUGUUUGAUUUCAAAAUGCUGAGCGGAAUGCUUUAUCGAGAUAAUAAAGGUGGGGAAAUAAUUAGUUAUGCGAAAAAUAUUGAAAUUCAGAACUUUAUGAAGUGUUAUAUUCGAAUCCGGAAACUGAUAGAAGAUUUGAGAUCUCAUACCAUCAUCGAAAUCGAAAUUGGUCUGAAAAUAGGAGAGCUGAAGUUUUGGAAGUUUUGAAUCGAUUAAUUGUUGAUGGAAUUGAGAUUUGUCCAGAAAAUCAGCGAAGAAUUCAGCAAGAACCAAUGUAAGUUAUUUUCUAUUUUGAAAAAAAAUGAAUAGAAUUUUUUGCAGUCAUCAACCGAAAGUUCCCGUAAAUGAAUUUGAAGAUGAAGAUGAUGAUGAGGAGGAAUGGUGA